AUGAUGGACAUCAACAAGAGAAUGCAAGGAUUGGACGAGUCAAGUGUACGGCAAUCGUCGGAAAUGUCCAAUUUCACCGAAUCACAAUUUUCGGACACAUCCAACAACGGCGGACUACCGCAAUCAACUGCCAGCAACAACAACAACAGCCCCUGCGAGGAGGAAUCGGUGUCAUUUCCAAAAACAGAAAGCAGCCCCAUGGUGCCAACGUCCGGCGGCGAUGGGGAUGUUGACAAUUUGGGUAAUUCCAACGGCUCUGGGCACAACAUUACAUCGCCAAAUUCCAAGAACUUGAAUAAAACCACAAAUCCGAACGCAACCUUAACAAAGUCGGGCAGCGACGAGAAGGACAUUAAGGAGGAAACAACGCUAUCGCCACCGCAUACAUCUCCACUUGCUAAAAACGAAGACAAUGACGAAAGUCAAGAACGUUCGAAAAGUGUUGGGGCAGCCAUGACGGGUAAUGUAAAUCCCAAUAUGGAUGGCGCGGUGGGCACUACAAAUAUGAGCCCCAAAUCGAAUCCAGAUGUUUUUAAUAACUCCGCAAAUAUGCAGAACUUACCCAGGGGUUUGAAUCCCUAUAACAACGGCAACAAUAAAUUUAACUAUCCAAACCAAAUGGGUGGUGGUGGUGGAGGAGGAGGGGGCGGCGUAGUUGGAGUAGGUGGCGUAUGCGGCGAUAAUCAGGGUCCAAUGAAUCCGGCGAGUAAUGGCGGAAUCGGUGGAGGCAGUGGUGAUUAUAUGCAACAACAAAAUCACGUGUUUGUAUUUUCCACACAGCUAGCCAAUAAAGGUGCCGAAGCCGUGGUCGGCGGACAAUUUCCCACAAUUAUUGCCUACCAUUGCAUGCAGCCGUCGACAAAACUAUUUCUAGAGGAUUUCUUAAAGAAUCCCGCCAAGGCCUCAAAGAUGCAAAAACAGAUUCCUCCGAACAUAAUGAAUCUCAUGCAAUCGGGAAUGAUGGGCAAUCGCCCCGGCGGUCAACCUUUUUGGUUAAACGAAAGUGGCAACAAUCCCAGCAAGAUGUCGCACAGGCCUGGUGCAUUACGCAAUGCAGGCGUUAACAAAAGCAGUCCUAGCUGGGAUCCAUCAUCUGGAUUAGAUAAUAAAUUGGGCCCCUCGACGAAUCCCUUGGAUAUACUGGGCAAUACUGAAGGCUUUGACAGUGCCCAAUUGUGCGGUGCAGGAGGUGGUGUUGGCGGCAUGAAGGAUGACGAUAAAUCUAAUAUACCUUCCCUGCAAGGUGUGAAGGUACCAGAUGAGAAUCUAACACCACAGCAACGCCAACACCGCGAGGAGCAGCUGGCAAAGCUAAAAAAGAUGAAUAAAUUCCUCUUUCCGGAGAAUGAAGGAAACGAUUUUCAACCUCCACCUAUGAUGAAUAGUGGCGGUGGCGCGGUAGUACCUGCGGACGGAGCAAACAAUUCAACCAAUCCAAUAGACAGUAUAAAUAACGCUAUGAAUGCUGCUGGAAAGAUUGCCACACCGGGAUCCGGACCCAAUAUGGGGGAUGAUGGGCCAUCUAGUGGUGCGGCCAGCACUGAUUCCAUGAAUUUGGUACCCGGCCAAAACUCAAAACAAGGAUGUGCUUCAAAACUAAAUCCGAAUCUAAAUCCCGUGAAACCCAACAGCACAGGUCCCGAUUCCAAUCCAGAUAUGCCCCCUUCCUUCAAUAUGAACAACUGUACGUCCCUUGAAGGUGAUGGCGGGGGUCAUAGUGGUGUCCCACCCGGAAUGAACAUGCCAAAUGAAGAAUGGUCAAAGUUUCAGAACAAUGUUUUCCCGGACGGUUUUAAAUUCCGAGACAAUUCUAAUCCCAUGAACAAUCCCAGUGGUUUACCCGGCAACCAACUUCCCAAUCAAACCCCCUCAUUACCCCGUCCGCUUUCGACCGGUCUUGGAGGGUAUGGAAUGCAGUCGCGACCCAAUGCCGGUCCCAGUCCUACAAACCGCAACAACAGCGGGCCUCCGCCUCCUUAUCACCAAACACAGCGCUCAGCAUCUGUGCCAAUAUCUACACAGUCUCCAACACAGCCCAACCUUAACAACCCCAAUGCAGACAUAGGAUUAACUUCUCCCCAUGGAGGACGUGUCCCCUUUGGGAUGUCUUCAACUCCGCCACACAUGGACUCGUCUAAUACUUCCACUAGCGUAACGAAUCCAUCACACUCAUCGGCCACAUCUUUCCCAGGCAUGAACAGUGGCAAUGUAAAGAAUAUUUACUCAUCCAAUAUGAAUUCUUCACAACCUUUCGGAGGCCCACAAAACCCAUCAGCCCUAAAUAAUAUGUCAAAUUCGCCCGGUUCACUUUCACUGCCACACAUGUCUCACCCCGAAAUGGAUCCCAUGAAUUCCGGUAAUAAAUUGAAGCGGGGCAGUCCCUCGAAGAGCAAGAGCCCCUUAAUCAAUGAAAUGCAAGGCAACAUGGGCAUGGAUUCCAAAUAUGGCAACUUCGGAUUGAAUUACAACAUGUGCGGGCCAGGUGGCGGCAAUAAUAUGCCACAUGUUGGUCCCCAAAACAUGCGUCAAAAUAUGGGUCAGAUGCCACCGCAGUUUUGCCGUCGAAUCGACAACAUACCACUCAACCCAAACUGUAAUAGGCUGAAUCAGAAUAAGCCCGUCGGCAAUUUUGAUCCGAUUGCAUCUCUGGCUCAGAUGUCACAGCAAUUGACGGGCAGCGCAAUGGGAUUGGGAAGCUUGGGCAGUGGUGGAGGAGGCGGCGUCAACAGCUCGUCGUCUGGCCUGAUGGAUGUCAAUAGCGGCGAUAUGAUGGGCGCACCUGGCUCGGGUCGCAGUGACCAUCCCCUGGACCAUUGCAACCAAAUGCCCAACAACAAUAUGGGGAUGCCAGGAAUGGGCGGAGGUGGUGGAGGUCGACCCGGUCCGUAUGGAUCUGAUCCAAUGAACAGCAUGGACGCCAUGGAUCAGCGUAUGCUGAAUGGAAAAAUGUGUAUGCCCGGACACUUUAAUCACAAUCCGUUAACCGGCGUUGGAUUGCGGGAUUCGAACAUGGGCGGCAAUGAUAUGAUGUCUGCAAAUCGAGCCGCUAUGAAUCGUCGAAUGCCAAAUAAUUUCGACAAUUUCAACAUGUCGUCGAAUGUACAUGUCCGAGCGAGUGCUCCCAAUACCAUACAGUAUAUGCCUGCCCGAUCUCAAAAUAUGAACAAUAUGCGUAUGCCGCCCAGUAUGGAAUUUUUCCAACGAUAUGGUAAUCCGCAUGGCAAUCAGAUGGGUGGCGGAGUUGGCAAUGCACCUGGCGGUAUGCCCAACAAUGAUAUGUCGAAUCCCAAUAUGAUGAACUUGUUUGGAAAUUGUGGCCAAAUGCCACCUAACGGCCGGGGAGGUGGACCGGGUGUCGGAGGACCAGGAGGACCAGUUGGUUUCGAACCGAAUGAUCUGGGCGGCGUGGAAGGCAAUUUAAUGCACAACGAUGCACCCUACAUGAAUGUACCAUGAAUCUCAACGA